AUGGAAGCAUCUACAAUGGAAUUACUUCCACCUCCCGCUAUAUUAUUUAAUGUAUCAUCAGCGCCUUCAGUUAUUUGUGAGGAUAUGAAUGCUUAUUUAUGGAACACUCGUCGGGAUUUGACUACACGGCCUUUCGUUAUGGCUGUAUUUGCUUCUUUAUAUUCAUCAAUCAUUUUACUGGGUAUUAUCGGAAACUCUUGCGUGAUUAUGGCUAUUGCCAGAAUUAAAUCACUUCAAACUGUGCCUAAUAUGUUUAUUUUCUCGUUGAGUUGUUCAGAUAUACUUGUUUGCUUUAUUUCGGCUACUAUAACUCCAAUCGCUGCCUUCAAAAAGGAUUGGAUUUUUGGCCAAUUCUUAUGCUCUUUUGCACCCUUUGUUGCGGGAGGGAGUUUGUGUUUCUCUACAUUCACUUUGGCGGCUAUUUCCGUGGACCGUUUCCUUUUAAUACUUUUUCCCACGAGAAAAGCUUUCUCGCAUACACAAGCUUUAUUUAUAAUUCUUGUCACGUGUUUGUUAGCCAGCGGGUUUAGUUUACCGAUGUUGUUCAUGCAAAAGUUAAAACCAGUAACUCAUUAUUGUGGCCGAUUUUGUUUCGAGGAUUGGGGCGAGAUGAUUGGGAUAAGAAGAAUCUAUGGAACUUUAUUGCUAACCGUCCAGUUCAUUAUUCCGUUAGCAUUGAUCACUUUCUGUUACACAGCUAUUUCAUUCCGACUUGGAAAAAAAUGUGAAUGGCAAAUGCCGAUUAGCGCUCAGAGAAACGCGGCCACAAAGCGAAGACAACGAACAAACAGAAUGUUUAUUGCAAUGGUAAUUGCCUUCUCGGUGAGCUGGGUAUGGUCGGUUCUAUAUAAUCUGUUACGAGACUAUGACGGUCUUCCUAAGUUUGUACAUGAUCAAGAAUUCUUUUUUGGAAUAUUAACACACUGUAUUGCAAUGAGUUCUACGGUAUUUUCUUUUCGUUGUACACAUUUUGCCUUUAUUUUCCUAGGUAUGGAAUCCCAUUUUAUAUGCCUUAUUAAAUCUACAACCUUUCUACAACUUGUGCCACAAUGUAUCAAGAAUUCUCUGACUUGCACUUGUAUUCCUGAUAAAGGAAGACUAAGUGGUCGAUCAGUCGCCCGGUGUGCCUACCUUGAAGAGAGCCGGCUUCUUGGUUCCUCGGUUCUUCGCGGAACAUCCGGACGAGUACAGAGAAGAGAAACGAAUUAUGAAAAUAAAAACUGUUUUAAUUGUUUGAUUGGCUCCUCGAGAUCCAUUGAAUCUUCUUCGAACGAAACACAGAAGCAAACGUUUUCAGUUAAAUGUGGAGAAAAUAAAGUAGAUGCUAAAAUUAUGGUACAGAAUUUUUUCUUUCCAAACGAAUUAAUAUUCCAGUCACAUAAUCACCAUCGGCAUCAAUUAGAAAGAAUAACAGCGGACGGUGGAUACGAGGAGCAAACAUGGACAGAGCAAUUGAGGAAGAAUUCUGAAGAUGAUGCCUUAGAUGAUUGUAAUGAUGAUGUGAGAGAAAGAGAUACAGAUGAGAGGAUAUGA